AUGGAAGCUAAAACUCAAUUUGAAUUAAUAACAAUUAAAAGUGAAGAUGGAUUUGAUGAAAACGAACUUUCAGUUUUAUUAAAAAGUGAUAGUGAUUUUCAUAUGAAUGGAUUCAUUUGGGGUCAUUUGGCAGCAAAACAUGUAUAUUCUAAAUUAAAUAGUAAAUUGAAAUCAUUUGAACCAAAAUCCAGAUCAGAAAUUAAUGAAAUGAUUAAAGCAAUUACAGCAGUGACCGAAUUCAUAGAAGUGCAUUACUACCAUGAAGAAGAGAUAGCAUGGAAGUUUUUAAUUGAGCAACAGCAAUGUCUAUCGGAACCAUUAUUGACCAUUGUCAAACCUCAACAUACUCAAUGGACUGAGAUUAAUAAUGAAAUGAAGGAUUUGGUGAAAUCGUUGACUGAAAACCAAGAAAUUAAAGAUAAAUCAUCAAAUGGAUGGACUGAAUCAAUUUCAAAAGUGAAAGAAAUCCUUCAAAAAUUGACAGCUAUGGUUUAUAAAAGUUUUUAUGAUGAAGAAAGAAUUAUUAUACCUGUUGUUUUAAGUUCAAUCCCAAAGAGUAAACAAAAUAAAUUGGGUGAGAAAAUGAAUGAAACUAUGAAAAAUGCACCAACUUCUAAAUUUGUUUUAGGUGCAAUCUUGGAUGUUUGCAAAACUAAUAAAGAUUUAGAUGAAAAUGUUAAAAAGGCAAUUCCAUGGGCUGUUAGAAAAGUAAUUUUCCCAUUAGCUCUUGAAAAGAAUUAUAAUUGGUUCUCAGAAUUUGUUGAAAUUAAAUAA